GGUUCUACAACGUCAAAAGUGGGUGUUAGAAGGAGUGGCAGUUCUGCAUUUAUGAUGGAUCAAGCAAAGAGAAUAGCUAUACGAAAGGAGCUGAUAAAGCAGUUCCUGGCGGAGUUGGGGGGACAGAUUGAACCGGAAGGAGACUUUGAUGAAGAAAUGGAAUAUCAAUCUGCUUCACCGGUACAGCGAGAAGCUGAUUCGACUGAGGCCAGGCAAGUUAGCGAAUACAUGAAGAAAAUCAAAUCCUUCUUCAUUGAACAUCGUAAUACAUCUGAGUUGCAAAACUUAAAACGCUCGAAAUCGUCAUCGUCAUCCGAGGACGAAGAAUAUCCUCAGCCAACAGAAAGGCGAAAGAAGCGUAAAGCGGCCCUUCCUGCAGAUGUCAAACCACGUCGCUUCUUAACUGCCAGGUCUACUAUGCCCGUUAUAGUCACGGAGUUAGACGAUCGCCCACUCCCAUCACGUUCGAACCAGUAAGUGAACAAAAUAUCGAGACGAAAGAUGGGGUUCACACGAAAUACAUCUUUAAUUUGUUGUUGUUAAUUUAAUUAUACAUAUUCUUGAUGCUAUGCAUUUAGUUUGAGAAGUAGCAAGAUAACCGCCAGACAUAAUGAUGUAUUUAUUGUCCGCCUAAAAGCAAGAUAGAACUUGACCAUAUUUAAAAAGUUAUGCGAAAACCCAUGAGAUCAUUUUGUGAAUAAAAAUGAUAUAAACCUCAUUGGGGGAGAUCGUUUUCUGUUUUAUCUUUCAUCCUAAGUUUAAUAAGAAUUGAUAUGUUGUCAUAGCAAUAUAAAUGUAUUAAAUUGUAUCAUUGAAUUUAAAAUAAUUUGAGGGAAAAGGAAAAUUGUGUAAAAUCACAUAAGAAGAAGAAAUAUUGUGCAUAAAUGAGAGAAGGGUUAGGUAACUUAGGUACUAUUUCAUUCGAACAUACGCAUCAUUGUAAGGAACCCUGUUAAGACUGAAGGUAGCUUAGAUUUUUUUCUAUAUCAUAUACAUUGCAUACAAAUUACAAUUGAAAUGUCUUCAUCCGAAUCAAAUGUAUCCAUCAUCACACCAACUUCUGGAUCCUUUCCCCUAACCAAUAUGUCAUCCGAGUACGCAAUUGAUCUUUGUUCCCCUUCCUGUUUCCUUCUUUUCCUGUCGUAUGACAAAUGUUCGUAGUCGAGCUCUUCGCACUCUAACCGUCUUUUACCCAGACUAACAUUUCUUCCCUGGUGCUCCACUCUUUUGAUUAUAUCGUCUAGUUGUCAUACAUGGUUGACUUGGUAUUAUAUGAGAUUGAAGAGUCUUUCACGGCUGUGUGUGAUAUCGAACGGUCACAAUUCUAUUUCCUUCGAUUGCGGGGUGAAGUAUUCUGUAUCCCUCAAGUUCUCCGGACAGUAGUUUUGCGUUUGUUGUGUUCCUUAAUGCCUUAGCUACUUUCAUACAGCAAGUAACUAUUGCGUUCGGGACUGUAUAGGAAGAUGCCUUUCUCUGCUCCCAUAUCAAUCACCGUGCCAUCAGGCAAGCAGUAUGUUAGUGGCCCUUCUAAAGCGUGGGUCACUAUUUGCAAACCAGUAGAGAAAACAGAUAAAAUGAUAGUUUGUGUAAGCUGAGUUUAUUAGUCUGUGCUAGCCCUUAGGACCUGGAUUAUGCUCCUAAAAACUUAUUCACAUUAAAGUUCUUCCAUAUAAAGUCUUUAUUAGUUAUCUUUUCUAUCAGUGUAUUCCUCAGAUAAUAAUAGAAUAUCUCCUUAAUGGUUUCCGUUAGGUUGAAACAUCUGAUCAUUCUGUGGUUUCUACAAAUGACGUCGUCUGCAAAAGAUUUCAAAUAUGUUCUACUAAUCUCAACACGGAUUUUAAGGCAAGAGAAUUCUUCAAGAUGAAUCUAAGGACAAUUGGUAGCCGUGAAAUAUUCGGAAUUGGGUUGAUGCCGAAAUAAUAAUAUGUUUUGCAAUCUACUUAAAAAGAGAUAUAAGGUCCCUCAUGGUUGAAAAUGUGCUGACUAUUUCUAUUAAAUUUGUCCAUUAUACACAUAUCCCCAUUAAAUAAAAAUUUUGGGUCAACGGGGAAUAGUAAACAAAAAGUUCACUAAUCCCCAUCAAUGGGGAUCAUCCAACAGGGAAAAGUGGAAUAAGCCUUUCCCUCGCAUAUAGCUAUACUUGAAGUUAACAAUAUAAUUUCAAAUUUUUAUGGCUCUGGAAAUACUCUUCUUAACUUUGAAACUUUCGCGUUCCAUAUUUACAACAUACAAUUACGCGGGUAUUAACGUCAAGCCUACCAAGGUAUUUAAAUAAUUAUUAUCUGCGUAAUUACCUAAUGUUGUAAAUACUCUUCUUGCUAAAGA